GCGAGGAGGGAGUGGAAGGAGUGUGGUGCAUGCGGCGCCGACCCCCGAGCAGCAGCCGCCUCAGUUUCUGGCCGGCCCGCCGACCGUUCAGUCAGCCUGUGGAAGAAGCAGCGAGCUGCCGCCGACAACGAGAAGGCUUUGUCCCCUCCUACCGAGGGAUUUCAACAAGCCUGUCACUUCGGAUUCAAACGCGCUGUGCCCUUGAAACCAUCGCGACGACAUGGCGGCGGCUUCCUGGAACCUGAUCCUGGUGGUUCUCUUCUUGUUGACGUGUGCAUCUGCUGCUGGACAGCAGGGUAGCCGGAAUGCAGCGGCUCCGUUCUCCGUCGGCGGGAGCAGCAACGGCGCGCCGCAGGGAUCUUUGGGCGGUGCCGCGGUGGGCCUGGAGCACCUUCAGGUGGCACCUGACCUGAAGCAGGCGCUGUCGUUGCGGGUUCCGCAGGACUUCCUGCGCGACCACUUGGGAGACUAUCACUUCCAGAACCCUAGCAUAUUUCUCAAGGCUCUGCUACAUCCGACCUACAAGACGCGAGAUCGCAAGAACCGCCACGACUCCUUCGAACCGCUCGACUAUAUCGGAUCUUUCGUCAUGGACUACAUCGUGUCCAGGUAUGUGCUGAUGCACGCUCGCAACAAGUCCCAGCAUCACAUGGCUGAGGUGAAGGCGUCCGUGCUACGCCAAGACUCGCUGGCCUACUUCGCCGUCAAGAACGACUUCCACAAGUACGUCUUCGUCGACCGGCCAGUCGAAAAGGCAUCGCUGAGGGAGUUCGCCGACGGUCUUCGCAACAUUCAAAAUCUGUCAGAUCUAAAGUACGCGAAGAAGAAGCGCAGCUUUGUCUACAAGUUCUUCAAGUCGGUCAUGGGUGCCAUUUUCGUCGACAGCGGCUACGACAUCCAGAAGGUCGAGCCAGUACUACUAAAGAUGAUCCGGAAGGACAUUGACCUUCUCCUGUAGGUCAACGAUCAUCGCCAGUGAUCACUGAGCACUCGUUAGCUCAUUGGAACUGUCUAUAGACUUGCGCUUUUUUAAUCACCUGAGGUGCCCCAGUCUGGACAGAAUGUAUGCUUUUCGGAUGUUGUUUCGAAUGCGUCGGGGUCCGUGAAGUGGUUUCAUGUAGGAUAAACGGCCUAAGGGGCCACUAAAAAAUUUGGAGUUCAAGGGCUGGAAAGUUUUCUCACAUUUACUGCCCUCAGUAAUGUCGCUAUCUCCCCCUCACCCCUUAAUUCUUCAUGAAACCCGUGGACAAUAUCAGGAGAAAGUGUCCGAUAUGUUAUGAAUUCACGAUUACCGGCUACACGUUGUUGCACCCACUUAUACAGUCGACGAAGCACAAAAGGAAGUUUAUACAGUUACUCAUGCUUAGUAGUCAUGCGAGACAAGGCAGAAGUGGCAUGCGAGUGCGUGGAAAAUCACGGUAGGUGACAAUUGACAAUUGACAUACCUUGUAUAUAGAUCGGUGAGAGCUUAUUUCCUCAUGACCUAACUGGAGGACGCUGCUGGUGUCAUAGUGUGUGUCGAAAAAACGUGAAACGCCAGAAAAGAAUAACCCGAACGUUCUUUGUGUUUUCAGGGGUUGCUUAGGGACCCUUUAAGAGCGCUGUUCGGUUUAGCUCGUUGCUUUCAGAUGUUCUGAUCCUAUAUAUGUGAGGUGGCAAUAUUAAAAAUGUUAAUAGCGUGCCAGUGCAAGAACGCAAUGCGCUUGCUUGUCAGCCUGAUUGAUUGAAUCACAUAAGUGCUCAUGUUGGCUUAUUCAGCUCAUUGUAACGGGAAGGGGGCUGUUAUUGAAUUGUAACUAGAGUGUUCACUUAGCUACCAGACGUGGUCAAAGCCUUUACAAUUAAAGUUUUGCACAAAAAA